AUGGCUUCAGAAAAGCCGACAGUCCUCAUCAUUGGCGGUUUAGGUUAUAUCGGACGCUUCUUAGCUCGAUAUAUACACGAGAACGACCUCGCAUCUGAGGUUCGCUUAGUCGACAAAGUACUGCCGCAACUUGCCUGGCUGGCACCUGAGUUCGAAAAAGCAUGCUCCUCAGAGAAAUUUAUUCAAGCGGAUGCGAGCAAAGAGCAGGCUCUAGCGCGAAUAUUUGACCGAACAGACGGAAAAGAGUGGGAUUAUGUCUUCAACUGCGGCGGCGAGACGAGAUAUUCCCAGGAGGACGAGGUGUACAAAGUACGAUCCUUAGGGUUGUCAUUAGCGGUUGGCAGAGAGGCGGCGAAACGGAAAGUCAAAUGCUUCGUGGAGCUGAGCACGGGCAUGGUAUAUAAGCCGAAUUCGUCGCCAAGUAAAGAAAGCGAUAAGCUUAAACCAUGGAGCAAGAUUGCUGUCUUCAAGCUUCAGGCAGAAGAGGAGCUCGCCAAGAUUGAAGGCUUGAACCUCGUUAUCGUGCGCCUGCCGCACGUAUACGGACCGUAUGCAUCUCAAUGGGUAGCGACGGCAUUGUGCAUGGCGCGCGUCUACCAGGCGCUUGGCGAGGAAAUGAAAUGGUUAUGGACUAAAGACUUGCGUACGAACACAGCCCACAUCGACGAUGUUACACGAGCUCUGUGGGCCGUUGCCGCCUGGUACGACGCAGGCAAGGCCAAUUGGGACGAGAAAAGCAUGGGCCAGGUGCCUAUUUUCAACGUCGUCGACAAGGGCACGACGAAUCAGGGUGUGGUCGCCGGUAUCAUCGGAGAGGUAUUCGGAAUCGAGACGGGAUUCCAAGGCCAACUUCUGAGCAACCUAGCCCGUCUCAACAUGGAUAGCGUCGUCGACGAUGUCAACGACGACGUUCUCGGACCCUGGGCAGACCUUCUCUCCGACGCCGGAAUAACAAGACCGGGACCAUUGACUCCCUUUAUGGAGAAGGAGUUGCUAAAGGAUACGGAUCUGAGCAUGGACGGUAGCCGACUCGAGGAGGUGGUCGGAUUUGAGUAUCAAAAGCCGGCUAUUACUAAGGAAUUAGUCGAGGAGGUGAUCGAAAGUUAUAAACGAAUGAAUUGGUGGCCAUAAUGUGGCGGCCACAGUUGACGAUUUAACAUACUCCAAGACUCUCGCCUCCCUUUCAGAGGCGAGCAUUGUAUCAGCAAGACAGCCAAACGGCUAUGGCGAUCUCAAAUCUUUCCGAGCCUGGGAGGAAAGUAACUGGUUGCCAGUGAUGACUCCAUGAUAACGGGUCGAUGAUGGAUUUGGAUUGCAGGUGACGGUUGGCUAUCGUCUCAAAAAUUUCCGGUGUACAGGAGCAGAAGACGGUGACAACUGUAUGAGUAGGAUAUCCCCCUUUUUUUUCCCAUUCGUCGAACACAAGCAUGUAUAAAUUCCUAGGGGUAAUAGGUUCGCCCACUGAGUCCUGGGACCUAAUCAUUAUAAUAAGAGAGCACGUUUAAGAACUCAAUCCUGAACAUGCUGUUCAUUCUUUAUAGCCGAAGCAAUCGGGUAACGUUUUCCAAGGCCGCGCAAUUUUGUGUAUUAACUACUCCCGUUGGUUACAAGUGUGCAUAGACUCCGUUACAUCACAUGAAAACUAAAGGGCUGGCUUGUAAAGGGGCUUUGGGGUAGUAGAUCUAUGUCCACGUAGGCUCCAGGGACAAUGCUAAACUCUUGAAUCUUCGGUCCGCUUUCUCUAUUCAGUAUCGUGUUUCUUGUAGUGUACCACAAAACUUAUAUAGCAUAAAUGUCAAAAGGGUUCAUGGUUAUGAGCAAGUCUCGGC